UUUUUGUCCUAGUGCUAUUUUUAGUUUACUCGGUAGACAUCCCGGAUUUUAUUGUUAUUGUUAUACCACAACACUGGAGAGAGAUAGAGACAGCAAAGCCGAUGGGCUUCGUCAUUGUCGCGACAGAACCGGAUGAAGAUCACGGCGUUGCUGGUUCUCAAGUGCGCCCCAGGGACACCGGAUCCGGUGAUCCUUGUCAACUCCUCCGACGUCUCUCACUUUGGCUAUUUCCAGCGAAGCAGCGUCAAGGAGUUCGUCGUCUUUGUCGGCCGCACCGUACAAGGUGCACUUACAGACUACAAGAUGCACGCUUACAGUCGAAACGGCAUUUGGGCUUUGGGUUUCAUGAACGAUCAUCCCGUUCGCAGUGCCUUCUCCCUUCUCAGUCGGGGUCUGGAUGAUGAGCAGAAGAAUUUUGGCGAGACAUGGAGGCCAGCAAAAGAAGACAGCAGUCAGCCGUGGCCAUACUUGAACGAAGCUCUAUCAAAUUUUCAGGAAGUUUCUUUCUUUUUCUUAAUCUUCUCUAAAUCUGGAGCACCCGAGUCUUACUCUGAACUGUAAGGAAAGGAGAAGAUAACGGAGCAGUUAGCCUCGCUUAAUGGGAUCCAUGUGCGUGCCCAGGAUCAAGGGCUAUGCCUCUAUGUAAGAGGAUGAGGAUCGGACCUAAGAGAGUUAGGUGAGGCCUAAGAUAGCAAGUCUGGCUACGGACGAGAUUUCACGUUGGGAGUUCCAUCCCUAUAUCCUGCAUAAAAACUAUUGACAGAGUGCUCGCCCGAGGUGAGAAGUGUUCUGAUUUGAGCAUGGCAUCACAGGUAAUGAUGUCCAGCCAACUGUGUGCGCAUCUCGGCGAUACCUAACAUGAGGAGAUGUUUUGGGCGUUUGAUUGAAACAGAUGUUGUACAAGCAAUCGAAGAAAACAAAUUCGUGUUGUACUGUUCUCCGUUGUGGAUGCGCGGAUCUACAAAACUCUUGCCGAGGAAACCGCCUCUUUUACACAUGGUAAAUUCUUCAAAGCUCUUAUGUAAGAAGAGGAAAGUCCAUAUUACUAGAGAAG